AUGAGACUCCGAUAUGCCAUGGUAUGCUCUUCAAAUCAGAAUCGAAGCAUGGAGGCUCACUUCAUACUCAAAAGGGAAGGCUUUGAUGUUUCUUCUUAUGGAACAGGCACUCACGUCAAACUCCCAGGCCCUUCUUUAAGAGAACCAAACGUCUAUGAAUUUGGCACCCCUUACAAGCAGAUGUAUGAAGAACUCAGGCGCAAAGACCCUGAACUCUAUAAGCGUAAUGGCAUACUCCCAAUGCUGAAGAGGAACUUGGGGGUUAAAACUGCACCUCAGAGGUGGCAAGAAAACAUAGCAGAUGGACAAUUUGAUGUUGUAUUCACAUUUGAGGAAAAAGUUUUUGAUAUGGUUGCUGAAGAUCUUCAUACUCGUGACCAUAUUCUUCUGAAACCUGUGUUGGUGAUAAACUUGGAAGUAAAAGAUAAUCAUGAGGAGGCUUCAAUUGGUGCUAGGCAAACUUUAACAUUGUGUCAAGAGCUUGAAGCAACUGAUCGUUGGGAAGAUGUGAUUGAUGAUGUUAUAUCUACAUUUGAGCAAAGACACAGAAGAAAAGUCGUAUACACUAUCUCAUUCUAUUGAACUAAUGUAAUGGAUUAUAGUUGACUAGUGUUCAUAUGCUACUACUACUUUAAUGUCUAUGUAAGCCAAAAUUGAUGUAAUUCUUUUGGGAUUUAAAAAAAAAAGUUGGGGU